CGGAGUUUACAGCUGCUGUGGCGGGGUUAGGAAAGUGCAGAAACUGGUCGGUUCUUUCCAGUUCAUUCUCCCGCCCUCUGCUCCACCUGUCUUUUUUUUUAUCCAGUCACCAGUCACAGUGGGCGAUUACAUCAGCCUUUUUUCUCGGAACAAUAUCAAAUCAGCGUCAUUGUCCCGCAUUCUUUCUCUCAACCACAACUUCUAUACUUUUAUCCACCUUCACCAUUCUUUUCGUUUGUCUUCAGUCUUCAACCUUCAACCUUCAACCUUCAACCUCAUUCCUAACGGUUGAACGCAAAAAUGUCGUUUACUAUCAUGGUCCGCCAGGGCCCUAUGCGCCUGGCAUCUAAAAUACCAGCUUUCACAAAGUCCUCUCUCCGAACCGCAGCUCCCGCCCGAGCGUUCCAUCGAUCCACUAAGCCGGCAUCCAACUUCUUCAACUCACGAACAAUUGUCGCAUCAACGCUAUUGCGCACCAUACCGAAGAACACCUUCGCACAAUCGUCGAGACAAUACAUGCAACAGUCCACUGCACCCCCUGUGGACUCGAGUUCGUUGAUCCGUCGACUCCUCACUGGUGGUGCAAUUUUUGGUGGCACUCUCAUCGCCAUUAAUGUUGUCUUCAACCGUGAGACCCGUGAGGAUGGCGGCAUGCCGCUGUUUGAGCGAGCUUACCUCAACUCAACCUUCCUACACACUGGUCUUGGAAUCGGCAUCAUCGGUCUCACUGCGCGACAAAUGAUUCAGAGUGGUUUCGUCUAUAGAUUGAUGGUGACAAGCCCAUGGGCCGUGGCUAUUGGUGGUUUAGCUCUUAGUUUCGGUACCAUGAUUGGAACCCGAUCCAUCGACCCCGAUAACUAUGUUCCGAAAUACGCUCUCUGGACUGCCUUCAACGCCACUCAAGCCGCCUUCGUAGCGCCCUUACUUGCUUUCGCUCCCGGUGCUCUGAUCGCGCGUGCUGGUCUGUACACGGUGGCGAUGAUGGGAGCCAUCUCCUUUGUUGGUGCGACAGCCAAGCAGGAGAAGUAUAUGUAUAUCGGUGGUCCUCUUCUAGCUGGUGCUGCCAUCGUGGCUGUUUCGGGCCUCGCACCGCUUGUGAUUCCAGCAACCGCUGUUCGAACUCUAGCCAUGACGGAAAGCCUUUGGCUGUACGGUGGACUGGCCGUCUUCGGUGGCUUCACCCUCUACGAUGUGCAGAAGAUUCUCCACCACUCGCGCCUAGCUGAACAAGGCAUUAUCAAGAAGGACCCGGUAAAUGAGAGCAUCUCGCUCGAGCUGGAUUUCUUGAACAUCUUCAUCAGGAUGGUUCAAAUCCUGAUGAUGCAGCAAAACCGCAGGAAGUAGAGUGGUGGGUGGGAUAUAAUAUUAGGAAGGUGUCAAGGGUGGAUGGUAUGGGUGUGACUCAUGAUAAAGCAAGUCUUUCGGAACUGGACUCGAAACAAGAGAUUAAGCAGCAUCUGGCUUAAUGAACGUAUCAUAGGCAGAAUGGAAACUCUUCUCUCUACACACAGACAGGGUUAGGAUUGUUUAAUGUUGUACCUACUAUUGUAUUAACAAAAGAAAAUAAAAUAAAAACUUCACAACUUUUCAAAA